AUGAUUGAUAAUAGUCUUGUAGUUGGUGUCAAUCCUCUUGCACACCUUAAGGAUGGAGCCAUUGAUUUUGUUGCUGGAACGGCUGGUGGUGUUGCAAUCGUUUAUUCUGGUCAACCUCUUGAUACAGUGAAAGUGAAGAUGCAAGCAUUCCCUACAUUAAAUCGCAAUUGGCUCAGUUGCUUUGGCAAUAUUAUGAGGACCGGGGGCAUAAAAGGAUUGUAUGCAGGUUCAAUACCAUCCUUAGUGGCCAAUGUCUCCGAAAACGCGGUCCUGUUCACUUCAUAUGGAUUUUGUCAAAAAGCUGUAGGGUAUGCAAGUGGAUCCAAUACAACUGGGCCGUUGGGAAAUGCUACAGCGGGCGCGUUGGCUGCUUUCUUUGCUGCUAUUGUAUUAUGCCCAACUGAAUUGGUCAAGUGCAAAUUACAAGCUCAAUCGGAAGUUAAUUCUAGAUUUGUCAAAACGCCAGCCUCCAUUUGUCGUGAAAUGUUUCAAGAGGGAGGAAUUCGGUCAUUUUAUACAGGAUUUGUGGCUACACUAAUACGUGAAUAUGAAAUGUCAAGGAAAUUUUUAACUCCGAUUGGAAAAACAAAAGAAGAAAUUGGAGUAUUAAGAACAGCUAUUUCUGGUGGUAUUGGUGGAAUGGCACUGUGGACAGCUAUUUUCCCUGCAGAUGUUGUAAAGAGUCGAAUGCAAAUAGGUGAAACUGGACGAUUUUCAACCAUUUUAAUGAAAAUUGUUAAAAAUGAAGGAAUUUCUGCUUUAUAUAAAGGAUUGUCACCAACAUUAAUUCGAACUUGUAUUGCUAGUGCAGCUUUAUUUAUAACUUUUGAAAAUAUUAAAACUUUUCUUCAUAGUUUGUGA